AGUUAAAGUGAAUUUUCUUGAUUUCCCUAGCCUUCCCCUUUCUGUGCAGUCUGAUGCACAGACAUUGGGAUGACAGAGGUUUUUACAUCACUAUAAUCCCUUCUGUGCACAGUAGCUUUUUCAAGUGCUGCAAUCUUUCUGGCCACCUCAUUCUCCUGCUCAGCACACGGGAAGCAAAGUGGGAGGCAAUUUGCCACCUCAUACCUACCUUCAGAAGCCUGAAGCACUCAGCUGACACACCUUCUCCUCCUUGUGAUCUGCUUUCUGUCAGGCUGCAGAGUUAACAGCUUUGCUUCAUAAAAAAGCUGUGCCCUGGAAAAAAACCCAGCCCUUUGUUUUGGAUAACAAAUUGUGUUUUGUUAGAAGAUGUGAAUGGUCCAGGCAAACAGUCUACAAUUCAUCAUGUACUAAAGCAUUUCAGCAGGAACACACUAAUCCCAGUCAUUACACAGCUAAUGAUGCAUUUUGGAGCAGCGAAGUGGAGGAGGAGAGGUGCCUGUGGAAUGAAGAACCAAGAGGUGGGGGAGUAUAAUGUGCUUCCUUACAGAUCUCUCAGGAGGCAGAGCCUCCAGCUACAUUUGGAUUGUUCUGUUGAAUGGACUAUUUUGUGUCUUAGCGAGUUCUGAAUGCCUGUUAUUGAGCAGGAACUAAAUACUCCCAUUGUUUAUUAGAAACAUUUUGGUUGUUCCCAGCGCGUUUUGAAAAUUACCUACUUGACAAGCAACUAUUUUCAUCAAGCGGUGGAACAGUUUGUCCCGAGCAGACGCAAUCCCUGUGGAAAGGAGCAGCCCGGGGCUGGCUGGCAGCAGCGCCUGCAUCCUCCGUUACCAUGGCGACAGCUCAGCCCGGGGACCAGCUGCCGAGCGCGCUCGGGGAUGCUCCGCUCCGCUCCCGCAACUUCAGCGCUCAGCAACUUCCCCUGCGCUCAGAGCGCCCCGGGCAGCGGCGCCGGGCGGAGCUGCGGCCGCGCAGCCAUGCAGCCCUCUCCCCGCCGGCGCUCGGCCGUCAGCCUCUUUAGCCAUUUCUUCCAGGGGCGGAGGCAUUCCUCCUCCGAUCCCCUUCUCCGCCUCAGCCAGCGGCGCCGCAGCUCCGUGGUGGAGCUGCUCUCCUCGUCCACGCAGCGGGUCAUGGUGGCUCUGUCGUCGCUCAGCCCCGAGGAGCUAAACGCCACUUUUCCUGAAAAAAAAAGGAGCUCGAAGCGCCCCACGGCCAAGUACACGAAGGUGGGCGAGCGGCUGCGCCACGUCAUCCCCGGGCACAUGCAGUGCUCCAUGGCCUGCGGCGGCCGCGCCUGCAAGUACGAGAACCCCGCGCGCUGGGCUGAGCACCAGCAGGCCAUCAAGGGGCUCUACUCCUCCUGGAUAACAGAUAACAUCCUGGCUAUGGCUCGACCCUCAACAGAAGUAAUUGAAAAGUACAACAUUAUUGAGCAGUUUGAAAGAUGUGGCAUAAAAACCAUAAUUAACCUUCAGCGUCCUGGGGAGCACGCGAGCUGUGGGAACCCCCUGGAGCAGGAGAGCGGCUUCACCUACCGUCCUGAAGCCUUUAUGGAGGCUGGCAUUUAUUUUUAUAAUUUUGGAUGGAAGGAUUAUGGUGUGGCAUCUCUCACGACUAUCCUUGACAUGGUCAAGGUGAUGUCUUUCGCCCUGCAGGAGGGGAGGGUGGCUGUUCACUGCCAUGCAGGACUGGGGAGGACAGGUGUUCUAAUAGCUUGCUACUUAGUUUUUGCCACCAGAAUGAGUGCUGACCAAGCGAUCCUGUUUGUCAGAGCCAAAAGGCCCAACUCCAUCCAGACGCGGGGGCAGCUGCUGUGUGUCAGGGAGUUCUCACAGUUCCUGGUCCCCCUGCGCAAUGUCUUCGCGUGCUGCGAGCCCAGGGCGCACGCGGUCACCCUGGCCCAGUACCUGACCCGCCAGAGGCACCUGCUCCACGGCUACGAGAGCAGGCACCUCAAGCACGUGCCAAAGCUCAUCCACCUGGUGUGCAAGCUGCUGCUGGACCUGGCUGAGAACAGACAGGUGGUAGAGGCAGAGCUGCUGGACAUCCCAGACCUCUCAGCUGAGAUUGAGAGCACCGUGUCCCAGCUGGAAGCCACGGAGCUCGAGCGGGAGCUGGCCAGGCACGACAGCGACACGUCGGACUCGUCCUACGCCCACUGCUCUGCUCUCGACAGCCAGGACUCACACGUCUCCCUGGGACACGAGUGUGAUGCCGACUGCAGGAGAAGGCAUGUCGGAUGCCUUCAGCCUCUUACUCAUAUGAGAAGGCGUCUGAGCUACAGUGAGUCAGACCUAAGGAGAACUGAGUUUCUUUUGGAACAGGAUGACACUGCCUGGACAGUGCCUGCUCAGAUCUUAGUGAACAACAAACCCAAGCAGAACAGUGAAGAGGAAUGUUCUGCCACAGGUGAGGCAAAGCCACAGCUGGAGUUAAACAAAGAAGCAUUAGUGCGUAACACGUGCACGUUCUGGAGCCAAGGGAAAUUUGAUUUGGAUGGACGAAGGGACGGCUCCUGUCACAGAAGGAGCUCUACCAAAGAGGUCCAACGCAGCAGGACCUUUUCCUCAGGCCUGGCAUCCAUGCACAAUCCCAAGGAACCUGGGAUGCAAAGGCACAGCUUCGCCGGUGAGACUGCUCACAGGAAGGACCGCAAGACCAAUAUGUAUGGCAGGAGAUUCUAUCUCUCUGAGGACUCUGACUCUUCUUCUUCCUCUUCCAAAGUGAACUUUUCCGCUGGAUAUGAAAGUGAGAGUAGCAGAGAGUUGUCAGAGACAAUUCCACACAUUGUUCUGCAGUCAGAAUUAAGUUUGGAAGCCCGAAGAGUUUUGGCAGCCAAAGCACUUGCAGAUAUAAAUGAAUUUCUGGGAGAGGAUGAAGUGAAGCAGAAGGUAGAAAUGUGGCAGAAAGAACUGAAUUCUCAAGAUGGAGCUUGGGAUAAAAUCUGCACCGAGAGAGAUCCUUUUAUCCUCUGCAGCUUGAUGUGGUCAUGGAUAGAGCAGCUGAAAGAACCUAUUAUAUCCAAAGAUGACAUUGACAUGCUGGCAAAACAAUGCACAGAAUCCCAGGAUGCACUCCGCUUGCUGGGAAAGGAGCAGUGUCAGACCAUCCUUUGUAUUUUACACUGUGUGGCGAAACUGCAAGUGCUGCCAGCUGAUGUGGAGGAGGCCUUACUUGCUCGUGCUAUUAAAGCUUUCACCAAGACAAGCUUCGAUUCUGAGAAUGGGCCAUAUGUGUACAAUACCUUGAAAACUGUGUUUAAACAAGCACUGGAAGAAAAAAGGAAAAGGAUUAAAGAAGGAACAGAGAAUCCUCCUUGAUUUCUACACAGCUCUGCUGAAGCAUUAGAUGGGCCUACCAAAUUAUUUUGCAUAUUCCAGCUACUGUAUUUUGUGCUACCUGGCAUGAUCUACCUAACAGAAGUUAUUAACAAAUAAUUUUAUUUUUUUAGAGGGAGUUUUAGUGGCAGUUGUACAUUCUACAUAGUUAUAAAGAACGGCUCCAUGUAACCACUCUCUGUAGCAUUUUGUUUCAGGUACUGUUCUUUUAUGUUGUGAAGGGUUCUCCUAUUUUCAGAUGUGUUUAUUGAUGUGGAAACCUCUGUUAUUGGCAAGAAACAUUAUUAUCAAGUGACACGACUGCCAUAAAGUUUAGUGCCAUGAUCCCCAAAGGUUUAAUGGAUUAAUAUUUAUGUAUUACAUAUGUUUACAUUAAUGAUAUUUGAUUUCAUUUUGCAGAAAAUAAAUAUUGACUGCACCUGUGAAAAUGCAUUUCCUUUCGGAAAGUUUGAAGUAAGACCAACAGUAGUAAUGGAGAGAUUCACAGAUCUUAAGAUCUGUUAUAGCCAGCAGACAGUAUUUUCUUUCAGAUCUCUUCAACAAUUGUAACCAAAGUAUUUCUAGAAGGUCUUGUAGGAGAGAAGUGCACUGUGUUGAACAGUAGUCAUCAAGCCCUAAUUUAGACUUUUUUGCCAGAGAAAGCUUCAAAAUGUUUUUAACAGAAAAUUGAUUGAUGCAUUUAAAGUGCUUUGAAUAAGAGUAAAAUUUUACUUUAUUAGCUAAGCUUUUAUUGCUUUAAGUGAAAAACACUUCAUCAUGAAAUCUUCAUAAGAAUAUGAUUCUGCCCAUACUUCUAUCCAGCAAAUACCUAAAGAAGUAUGAUAUAGUCAUACUAAAAAAACAUUAAUCAAAGCCUUACUAGCUGCAAUGCACUUUUCCAAGGCAUUCUUAUCUAAUAAACUAGAAACAGCUGGGCCAGCAUCCCAAAACAGUUUUGGAUUCCAGCCUUAGGAUCUGGAAUGGAAUGCCAGUUUGCAGAAUGAGAGGUUCAUCAGGGUUGAUAAAUUUAAGUAGUUAAACAAGAAUUUAUAAAUUUCCAAAAUACUUUUAUUAGUUUCUGUAAAUGACAAAUAUUUAGAGUUAAAAAUAGACCAGUUGAAAUACAGGUAAUUUAUAUAUGUCUCAAUGAUUGGAUGAUUUUAUAUCAAAUUCAAAUUAAAACAGCUACUUUGGCAGAAUCAUCUUAAAAUAGGAACACUUGAAAAUAUCACAUGUAAAUCACAACAAAAAUCCAGCUUUGUAAAAAGGCAAGGCAACAUGACAGGCAGUUCCGUAUCAGCACAAGCAUUCAGGCUCACACAAAUACCAUGUUCUAAUGCCCCGAAUGUCCCUUCUUCAGGGCCUGCUGUGGUGCCCUGACAUCUCCCACACCAGAGUGGGAUUCACAUACUGCAGCCCAGAGUUAGGUUUGUGACACAGUGAAAUGGGUGUGGUCAGCAGGAUUGCUGGAGAUAAAUCCCUACAGAACUAAAGAAAAUGUGUGCAGCAAGCCAGGGGUGGAAUAGGCACAGGAAUUUUGGAAAGACGAGGACAGGGUAGCGGAGAACAAUGUAAAAAUCAGCUGAAAAUAAAAGGAGGAAAUGCUAAAGGA